GCUUACGGUAUCAAUGUAAACAUCCGGUUUGGGUUCAACUUUACGAAAGUGUCAAUAUUUUUAUUAUGUAGCCAUUUUCUGACAUGAUUCAGCAGAUACAGAGGGUUUCAGAUCAGCAGCAUUGUUAACAGUGUAAACAUGGAAAGGCAGAAAAAGAAACAGAUCUAUAUGUCUCAGCUAGACGAGCCUGUCCAGGACUGGCUGAUCGAGCUUCGUGAGAUGACCGAGACGGAAUGUAUGAGUGUUCUCCAGGGCAAGUCACUCGGCGCCAGUCAAGAUGCAGACCACUCCACUAAACUUGUACACAAUGUUAAAGAGGGAAUUGAUUCCAUCAAGAAUGAGUCAAACGCCAUCAGUCAAGACUUUGAUCGACUCUUCAAGAGUGUGGAAGCUGGUGAGUGGCGGCAUCUUGGUCGCCAUGGUAUUCAGGUCACCUGUCACAUCCGGUCCCUCAUCCAGGUGUGCAACCAGUGUGUGCCAGAACCGCCUGUCUACAUUCUGGAGCAACAGGACACAGUGAUGGGAGAGUGUGCCAAACUAGCACAGCAGGUAGACAGUUUUACACGGGGAGGGACAUUACCUGCCAAGGUACCUCUGACCAAUCAGCUCACAUUCUUGGGACAGACUUUCAGCCGACUGGUUGAUUCAAUAAUUGGUUACCUUGUGCAGCGCCUGGUGGACACUCUGGAUGAGGCAUCGGUGCUCUCGGCUGUCAACAGCGCCAUCAGCAAUGUCAUCAGUCUUGGGCUGGAGGGCGAGCACAUGUGCUAUGUUCUUGCCAGGGAAGGAGGUGUUCGAGCAUUGCUGGAUAUAUGUCGGACUGACUCGCUGGAGUUUGCCCACGCACAGGCUCUGCGUGCUCUGGCUACUGUCUGUUGUGUGCCUGAGAGUAUCAUGGAACUAGAGAAGGAGAGUGGUCUCGAGCUGCUGACCGAGGUCCUGUGUGAUAUGAAGACAUCUGAGGGUGUGCAGGGCGAGGCAGCGGGUGUGGUCGCGCAGAUUACUUCACCGAGUUUAGAACACAACCAACAUCUCAGUGGCUUUGUUGACAACAAUCUACAAGACUUGUUGAAGGCCCUGCUUGUUCUGUGUCAGAAGACAAGCUCCCAUGAGGUUUUCCUGCUGGCGACCGCCGCCGUGGCUAACGUGACAUUCAUUGACACUCUGGCAUGUGAGAUCCUCCAUCAGAAGCAGGCUCCGCGCCAUCUUAUCAGACACUGCUCCAUGUCCAAGGCUUCGUCCCUGUUUGCCAAGGAUCAGAUUGCCACAGUGUUAGCCAAUAUGGCUGCUGUCAUCACUUGUCAGUCAGGGAUUGCAGAGAAUUCAGGGAUAGAACUUCUGGUUCAGUUUCUUCAUGAACGACCAUCAUCGUACAGAAACACAGCGGAGGUGGCCGCAUGCGAGCGUGUCCAACAGAAAGCUGCCAUCGCCCUGACUCGACUGUGUAGAGAGGAGAGAUAUGCUCGCAGUAUUGUCAAGCUGAAUGGUGUCCCUCGACUAGUUCAGCUGUGUCGCUUUGUCAAGGAGAGAAACAACAGUGAUGCUGUUCUUGUGGCCUGCCUUGCCUCACUACGUAAGAUCUGCACAACUGUCGAAGAUCACCGCAUGUCAGCUCAGGACCAUCAGCAGCUCAUCCAGCCCAGGCUCAUGGACUCCUUCCUGAUGUGUUCCCAUAGCGACGAGAACUUUGUGUGAACUCGUCAUCACUGAGCUACUUCUCUGACUGAUCCUCUGUGUAUCAUCCUUCUGGAAUAAGAUCAGGAUCGGGUGGAUGUUGCAGGAGAAUCAGCGUGUAUGGUGUUUAUGCAAUGCCCAUUGUUCCUUGGAGCAGUUUGAUAGUCACUGUCAUGUGGACUGCUCAAGAACUGAAUGCUGACUUUGUGUAGAUGGUUCUGUUUAUUUAUCCUGUGCGCCCCUCGUUGCUGCAGCAUUGCACUGAAUACUGAUGCUAUGGUUCAUUCAUUUGUCAUGCCAUGUUUUCCUGAUACUGCCAACAUUGUGUAUAUUUCAAAGACAGAAAUAGAGGUGACUGUGUGAUCUCAGAAUAUACAGAAUUUGUCAAGACCAUCCAUGUAGUGUAUUAUCAUAUCAAGUUGGAUGAACGAUCAUCUGUGUCCCGAACAUGACCCUAGCUCCACACAUGACAUCUUUGUGAGAGGAACCAGAAUCUUCUCUUCUCACAUUUACAAGGGCGAGACUUCAAUGAGUAUCUGAACACAUGGAAGAAGGUUUAAUGCUAAUCUAAGGAUUUGGAAGGUUUCAUGAUUAUAUAAAGAUACAGAUGAAAGUUUCAUGAGAAUCUUAGAGUAUGUAUGGUUUCAUGAGAAUCUAAGAGUAUGUUUGGUUUCAUGAGAAUCUAAAAGUAUGUAUGGUUUCAUGAGAAUCUAAAGAUCUAGACAGAUGAAUCUUUCAUGAGAAUCUAAGGGAAUGGGGGGUUUUACAAAUAUCUAAAGAUCUGGACAGAUGAAUCUUUCAUGAGAAUCUAAGGGAAUGGGUGGUUUUACAAAUAACUAAAGAUCUAGGCAGAUGAAUGUUUCAUGAGAAUCUAAGGGUAUGUAUGAUUUCAUGAGAAUCUAAAGGUAAGGGUGGUUUCACGAAUGACUCAAGAUCUCGACAGAUGAAUGUUUCAUGAGAAUCUAAGGGUAAGGGUGGUUUCACGAAUAACUAAAGAUCUAGACAGAUGAAUGUUUCAUGAGAAUCUAAGGGUAAGGGUGGUUUCACGAAUAACUAAAGAUCUAGACAGAUGAAUGUUUCAUGAGAAUCUAAGGGUAAGGGUGGUUUCACGAAUGACUCAAGAUCUAGACAGAUGAAUAUUUCAUGAGAAUCUAAGGGUAAGGGUGGUUUCACGAAUAACUAAAGAUCUCGACAGAUGAAUGUUUCAUGAGAAUCUAAGGGUAAGGGUGGUUUCACGAAUAACAAAAGAUCUAGACAGAUGAAUGUUUCAUGAGAAUCUAAGGGUAAGGGUGGUUUCACGAAUAACUAAAGAUCUCGACAGAUGAAUAUUUCAUGAGAAUCUAAGGGUAAGAUUGGUUUUACAAAUAACAAAAGAUCUAGACAGAUGAAUGUUUCAUGAGAAUCUAAGGGCAAGGGUGGUUUCACGAAUGACAAAGAAUACAGAUUAAGGUUUCAUGAAAAUCAAAAUCAUGUUGAUGGUUCUAUGAGUCAGGAUGCAGAUGAAGUUAAAGGAAGUAUGCCAUGGUAAAUGAAUUUUGCUGCUCUGCUAGCAUCUCCUUGAAACCAGUAACGAUGGACUGUGUGUGAAGAUCAUGCAGCUGGUUAAAAUAUGUCAUCUCAAGAUAAAUAGUACAUUCCUUUUGAAACUGUGAUGAAAUUUACAAUGAUUUUAUGAUUGCCCGAUGCCACCCUAAAAAAUUGAAACAUAUGAUAUUGUAAUAUUGAUAUGAAAAAUGUAACUGUGGUUGUGUCGGAUUAUGAAUGUGAUAUCUCAGGAUCAGUCCAUGACAUUCCUGUUGAGUAUUGUUGAUGGAUGAGUUUAUGAUGUCUACACUAUAUUGCUCAAGAUGCAAACUCAGGCUUCCAGAAUGGCAACUUGCAUGUAUUUUUAUGAGAAUAUUUCUCAUCAUGGCAAGCUCCUUGUUCUCACAUUGUCACAUUGCCAAGACAUAAGCUUCCAGCAAAAGUAACUUGCAUGUUAUUUUAUGAAAAAUAUUUCUCAUUAUGUUACGCACAUGUUUUUACUUUGCCAAGAGACAGGCUUCUGGCAAAGGUAACUUGCUUGUCAUUUAAUUACAACAUAUUAGACAUUAAAGUUACAGGUAAUGGUUCCAACUUAAUUAACUAGAUAUAUCACUUUUGACGAUAGAAAGUUAGUAUCCUGAGAAAAUGAAAUUUCCUAUGCUUAACAUUAUUGGACCAGCUUCGGGUUUACAGUCAAUAUAUUUGAUAAGAUGAUGUGUUAACAGAUCCCUUUCUUCAAAUGCAAGGUGUCACUGCAGUGAUGUUGGUUCGAAAGAAAAAUACACAUACAUUGUACUGUAAGCAUGGCAAAACUAUGUAUUUUUCUUCAUGGGUUAGGGGGCAUGGGUGGCCUAGUCGUCUAAGGUGCCGCGAUUUGCUGUGCAGAGUUGCGUCUCUUGGCUACGCCAGAAACCUAUGAUUGUGGGUUUGAAUCCCGGUUCGCCCCGCUUAUGUUUCUAGG